AUGUACACCCAAGACCCUUCCUUAUAUUGCUUACCUAGCGAAGAGUUAUUUCGGAUGCACUUUAAGAUUGCUACUGCGUUACACCUUUUCUUUGUUGAGGAUCGUAUCUCUACGGGCUGGACACGGCCUUCUUACGUCGCAUUGAACAAGACAGCUUGCAAAAUCAUUCGCAGGUGCUGGCAUUUCGUACCCAAGUUUAUUCGGGUGUGGUGUUAUCAUAUCUUACUCAAGAUCGGCAAACGGCUAUAUUCGCCCCGUUGUUCUGCGGUAAUACACCAACUUCCACUUGGCCUAUAUCUAAAACCCUGUUUCCGUUCUCGGUUCAACGAAGCAAAGGCUCUGCAGAUUGUUGAGAAGUACACCUCGAUCACAGCACCACUCUGUGUAGACACAUUUGAGGAUAAAGGGAAGGUAAUGCUAGUCAUGACGCGGAUUAGAGGGGAUGGGCUUAAUGAAGUAUUUCACCGGUUAUCAUACCAGCAGCGCGAACAACUCUCAAUUGAUCUAGGGAUGGUGGUUAAGCAGCUUCGAAUGGUCCCAAACACGACACCAUAUCGGUUAGCAAAUGCCCUGGGUGGCCCGCUGUUGGAUGUCCGGUUGCCGGAAACACAGGAAGGCCCAUGCGGCCCAUACAACAAAUGCUCAGAUUUCCACAAUUAUCUCAUCCAUAAAUAUGUUUGGCCAAAGACUAAAGAGUCAGUCGCUGCUGUUCACUCACAAGAAUACCGGUCCUUCUUUACCCACGCUGAUUUAAAUCCUACCAAUAUCAUGAUCGACCAAGGAAAGCUGUCCGGGAUCUUGGAUUGGGAAUGUGCAGGGUUUUACCCCGAAUACUGGGAAUUCACCAAAGGAAUAUACUGUGUGGAAAAUGAUAAAGCUAGGGAAAAGAUUAUUUGGGGCGCCUUCCCCGAUGACAACUAUGAAGAUGAGCUCAAGGCAGAGAAAUUGCUGUGGAGAGAAACGCCUCUAGGCCUAUAG